UUUCGAUUCUUAAUAUUAUUUUUCAGUGGUGGCAACACUCCUUAAUUUAAAUUUCUUAUUUAAGGAUGGCAGCACCAAUUUUUAGUUUCGGUUUUCAAAAUAUGUAGACGCCGCUCGUGGCUCCAUCUAGUGAUUAAAAUAGCUACUAAUUUAAAAAAUAUGAAUAUCUUAUAUUGGUGGCGCCAUCUAGUGAAUAAAAUAUUUACUAAUUUCGUUCAUUUAAAGUAGAAAAAAUUUAUUUAUUAUAAAUAAAUAAUAUAAAUGCAUGUAUUUAAUUCAGGAUUCGAACUCACAAUCUCUAGGACAAAAUGCUUCCAUGGGAUACUGAUUUGUCAGGCACGCUAACCAGUAUCCCAUGGACGCAUACAGAUACAAAGAAAACUUAUGGUUUUAAGGAAAUAAAUUAAGACUCGCUGGCGGUUACGGAUAAAAUUUUAGUUUCAUCUUUUUAUUGAUCUCAUAAUGACAAGGCACCACUGACUAUUUCUGCCCGCGUUACGAACUGACUACUUUGAAUUUAUACUUUCAGUUUUGAUUUUAAUAUUAUUUUAUAGUGGUGGCAACACUUUAUUUAUAUUUAUAGGAUGGCAACGGCUCCGCAAUGACACUUCUAAAUUGAUGACGUAAUGUUACUUUCACUUUUACACGUUACAAAUCGUGAGAUAUCCAAUUCAAACAAGAUUCAACAAGGUUGGUCUUGGUCUAUGACGUGAUAGUAUUGAAUUCAGUUCUUUUCACUGACACGUUCGUCACGUGACUGUUUCAAAUUUUCCCAUUGGUUGUUGGAGUAUUACUUUUUUGAAUUUGGCAACGGUGAGCAUAGCAAAGUCUUUAAUUUCAGUCGUGUAUUCAUAUUUCACUCUUAUUCUCAUUUUAGUGCUCUGGGUUUUAUUCCACCAUACUUUGUUGAAUGUUCAUUUUGUUUGAAAUAAUUGUUUAAACUUUUUUUAUAGCAAUUUUAACAUUGCAUAUUUUUCCUCAUUAUGGACGGAAAUAUAUCUUUAAAGAGAAAAUAUGCUGAAACUCAAGGUGUAACAAGAAAAGGAAUAUUCAAAGAUGGAUGUUUUCCUGACCAUGUGUAUCCUCUGGGAGACAAUUUCUUUCUGACAGUUAGUGAAUACAAAUCAAAGAUCAGCAUACAUAUACGGAGAUAUAACAAACAUGGAGAUAUGUAUUAUCCUUCAGCAGAUGGAAUAACAUUACAGCCGGAACAAUAUAAUGUGUGUUUCUCUCAUGAACCUCCAACAUCUAUUUUUGAUAUAGUAGAAAUAAAUCUACAGUUAGAAGCUGUUAGUCCUCAUGGAGUGAGAGACUUUUAUUUACUCAUGAGUGAUAGUGGAAAUUACACCCUCACUCACGAAUACACGUGUAGAAGCGGUCGAGUUUACAAAUUUCCUACAGACAUAACCUUUGCUCAGUGGUCUCAAAUACGAAAAAUUCGUGAUGAAGUGAAUACAAGCUUCAUUACUGUGAAGUAUAAGUGCCGAGACUUUAAAGAAACUUUUAAAAUGUGCAACAAGAGUGCUAUAAGUGAAGAGAAGCCUGAAAGCAACCGCUACAGUGAAGCUGAAUAUCUUAUGAAUCAGUGUCUAAAACAAGUACUUUAUCGUCAUAUAGGACAAAAAAAGGGCUUAAGUCCUCCUAUCAUAGCUGAUGAAUUAUUGGAUUCUCAAGACGUUGUUUCGAUAUCUGACUUUAAUGAAUCAUGUAUGUAUUUAAAUGUAUAUAGUAUUGCUCACGAUUUUAAAAAGGAACUACAGGAGAAGAAGCUUUAUCCUGAAAAUGUUCCUUUAAUGAACUUUAUGAAUGAACAUUAUUUGAACGAGAUCCAUUUGGAUCAACUGUUACUAAAAGCUAAAAAUGAUUUCUGUUCUUGUGAAAUUUUUGAGUAAGUUUUUAAAUUUAAUAAAUGUUAUUAUGUUUCUAU